GUGACCUCAUCACACCCCUAUUCACCCCUGACUCCCUCUCUUACGAUCGGCUCAUCCCACUCGGGCCUCCAAUCCGGAUCCCCUCAUUGUCUCGUAGACCUGUACCUUAUCUUUCUGGUUGACCGAUUUCACUCGGUUCCAGUCCCAGAGUGCAUUUCGCUCCCGGCGCUCUUCCUCAAAGCCCUGGAAGCACGUACACUGCCGCUUCAGGGAGCGGAGCGCCUAAGCUCUGAUUGCCAUGCUUGCAGAUAUCAGGUCUUCCCUUCACGGAUACUCUCCUUCAUUAAACACAUGAAGUCUCGUGGACUGAGUCAACAUGAAUAUCGUAUACAAGCCAAACGGCUGCAGUACAACGAGAUUAAUCUGUCCUCAUCUGGUGAGAUCAAACAACGAAUCUUUUCUUCAUGCACUUUCAUCCGAAAUGAGGGUCCUCCUAACCAUGCUAUCGGAGCAAACUGUGGACGCCUAUCUCUGGUCGCAUGCGGCGUCUCAACUGGAUUUCCGGUACAUUUUGGACAUAACGCCGAAUUUCUGGGACGGUUUGCUUAUCCGUCUGCCCAGAUCCCUGACUGCCAGGUCGCUAAAGUUGUACUGAUUCAUUCCAACAGAAAUCACUCAUUGACCACCGAAAAUCCCCGCCUUCACCGCCCUCUUUUUUCAUCGCGAUCCCUUUUUUUUCGGUUAGCGAUAGAUCCUUGA